AUGUCACUGACCUCCGUCGACAAAGCUGCUUUCGCUCGGUUGGCGCAGUCGCAACAAGCUGGUUUCAGCUCAGUCGCGGCACUAUGCUUCCUUGCAUGGGAUAUCUGUAUCACGACCGAUGCUGAGGUCACGUACAUGUGGUUGACACCCUGGUCAUGGACGAAGUUGCUGUACUUCGUCACGCGGUACUACUCACUGAUAGCCCUAUGCAUUGUCAAUAGACAUCAUAUGACAUGUCUUGAGUGGCUUGUCUUCGAGGGUUUCUCGGCGCUUGCGCUGGAAAUUGUUGUCGACCUCAUUCUGAUUCUCCGCCUAUACGCUAUGUACACGGGUAACAAAAAGGUGCUAAACAGUAUGAUAGCUGUGUUUGUGCUCUGCAUCAUCAUCAUGGCGACCAGCCUCGGGAUCAGCAUACCGAAAAUCAUGAUCAGCCCCCAGUGUGUCGAAGCCGUGCUCCCGAGCUACAUGAUCGUCUACACCAUCGCCUCGAUCGCAUGCGAAGGGUUCCUAUUCACUCUUGCAAUGCUCAAGUUCCGCGACACCAAACGCGGCGGGUGGGGGAACAGGAGCUUAUUGACAGUCCUCAUGCGAGACAGUGCCGGAGCUUUCGGCAUCCUCUUCGUUGCCAUGAUUGCCAACAUGGUUUUAUUCACGCUGGGACCUCGGACGCUUGCAGCAAUGGGUUUCCCAUGGCUAUUAGCGCUCUUAGGCACCAUAGGCCCACGACUAUUUCUGAACGUCCGUGCAGCGAACAGGGAGCACCUUACCCCGUCCGCGCUCAGUCAAGUUGACAUGAGCCGGGACCUCUACUUCGCGGUCAAUCCAGACGACCUCGAUCUCGUGGGCGAGGCCGAGGGUGAUGAUGAGUUCGACGAUUACCACCGCAAUUCCAUGACGCCGCUCACGUCGCAGGCGCGGUCGGAAGUAUAG